GUGACUUUUUUUUGCCAGAUAACUGAACAUAACCGGAGGACAAAGUACGAGCGACUUACUCAGGAUGAUAUGACUUACAAGAGCCCCGUUUUCUGUCCUUUUCUAUCAGUAGCGUUUUCCUCUGUGUAAAUGAAAGCUAAGCUAAUCAAGCUAGCUAACAAGCUACAGUGACUUUUCCUCCACAGGAAAUAGAUCAGAGGAUACUUAAAAUGCAUCCUGGUCCUGAUGGCUUCAACUUCUGAAAAAGAAAUGUGGCAUAAAGGUGACAGCUGUCUAGCUCUGAACCCAAAAUAUGGUGCCCUGCAAGAAGCCACCAUCCAGAGAUUGACCUCCACCCCUCAUAGUAAUGAUGCCACAGCAUGGGUGAUAUUUAGUGACCAUAACAAAGAUGCAGAAGACGAGGUAGAAGAGGAGGAGGAAGCCAUACCUGUCUCAAAACUCAUGAGACCAGACCUGAAUCAUUUCACCCAGGAGAAACCAGCGUUUCCCAGCAACAUCACAGACCCCAGGCUAUGUGUCCCAUUAGAGCUAAGUGAUGUUGAUGGAGACAGAGUCCCUUACACUAUCAACCGAUACCUGAGGGAUUACCAGAGGGAAGGAAUCAGGUUCAUUUUUAACAGUUACAUCCGUUCCAGUGGUUGCAUCCUGGGGGAUGACAUGGGCCUUGGAAAAACUGUACAGGUCAUUGGUUUUCUUGCUGCGGUGUUGCACAAGACAGGCACAUGGGAGGACAUCAAGAACAACAGGCCCCAGUUUCUGCAGAGUCAGAUCCCCUCCAAGCAAAUUAAACCCAACAAAGUGUUUCUCAUUGUGGCCCCACUGUCAGUGCUCUAUAACUGGAAAGAUGAACUGCACACAUGGGGUCAUUUCCGGUGUGUGGUUGUCCAUGGGCUGAGGAAAGAGGAGGAGCUGGCUCGCAUUAAGAAGGGACGCGUUGAAAUUGCUCUCACCACCUACGAGACUCUGCGCCUUUGUCUGGAACAGUUUAAUAACAUAGACUGGUCUGCUGUGAUUGUGGAUGAGGCCCACAAGAUAAAGAAUCCAAGCUCUCAGAUCACUCAGGCCAUGAAGGAGCUGAAAUGUAAGAUCCGAAUUGGUCUCACUGGCACCAUCUUACAGAACAACCUUGAGGAGCUGUGGUGUGUCAUGGACUGGGCCAUACCUGGUUGUCUUGGCACCUUAGGACAUUUCAAGAACAAGUUUUCAGAUCCAAUAGAACAAGGGCAGAGGCACAGUGCAACCAAACGUGCCCUAGCUACAGGCAGGAAGACUGUCAAAGCCCUGGUGAGGAGGAUUUCACGUUGGUUCCUCAGACGAACUAAAGCUCUCAUCAAAGAACAACUACCUAAGAAGAAUGACAGAGUGGUGUAUUGCUCUUUGACAGACUUUCAGAAAACUGUCUAUCAGACGGUGCUGGAUACCGAAGAUGUGAAGUUACUGCUCAGGUCUUCAGAGAAAUGUGACUGUCAGAGCGGAUGCACCCGUAGAAGCUGCUGCUAUGAAAAAAGCUCUGAAGGUGUUCAAAUGAAAGCACUGUACUUCAGUUACUUGGCCAUUUUGAGGAAGGUUGCCAACCAUGUUGCACUGCUUCAGUCCACUGCAGGAACCAGCAAGAAACAGGAAAAGUAUGUGGGUGCCAUUUGUCAGAAGGUAUUCCAAAAGUUUCCAGACUUUGUGCAAAGAUGCAAAGAUGAAGCAUUUGAGGCGUUGUCAGACCCAGUGUAUAGUGGGAAAAUGAAGGCUUUGCAGAAGCUGCUCAAAUAUUAUCUGCAAAAGAGAGACAAAGUACUUCUUUUCUCUCUCUCAACCAAGCUGUUAGAUGUGCUGGAGAGCUACUGCAUGGCAGAGGGGCUGGACUACAGCAGGUUGGACGGAACCACCAAAUCCAAAGAGAGAGUCCAGAUUGUCAAAGAAUUCAACAGCUCCUCUAACAUCAACGUGUGCCUGAUUUCCACCAUGGCAGGUGGUCUUGGUCUUAACUUUGUAGGGGCCAAUGUGGUAGUGCUAUUUGACCCCACCUGGAACCCAGCAAAUGACCUCCAGGCAAUUGACAGGGCAUAUCGUAUCGGCCAGUGCAGGGAUGUGACUGUUCUCAGGCUGAUCUCAUUGGGGACUGUAGAGGAGGUUAUCUACCUCAGACAAGUUUACAAACAGCAAUUGCAGUGCUCAGUUGUUGGCAGGGAGAGCUCCCGGCGAUAUUUUGAAGCAGUACAGGGGCAUGGAGUCCAUAAGGGGGAGCUGUUUGGGAUCAAUAAUCUCUUCAGGCUGCAGACCCAAGGGACAUGUCUCACACGGAACAUACUAAAGCGAGAAGGACAAGUGGAGGCCGGUGUAAUGACAACCAGAACACACACAGGCGAAGAGGAGGAGGACAGGAAAGGAGUUAGCGAACCUGGAGAUUCUCCACCUUCAGAGGGCCUUGUACCGAGGGAUGAACCAGCCAAGGAGAACACAGAUGCAUCAAAAGUCCCUAGGGGGGUGCUGGACUUCAGCAGUGGGAGUGAAGAGGACGAGGAUGAGCAGAGGUUUAAGAGGAAUGCCUCAAACCCCAGUGCAGUGGAAGGCAACAGGGGCGGGAAUGCUGCCACUGGUCGAAUGAGUCUCCUCCAGCAUGGUUUUUCCAGAUUCCUUGAAAUGGUCAAAGAAGGACCAGAGUUAGCUGAAGGGGACAGUAGUCCAGCUAUCGAAGAAAGCUUCUCUGACACAGAUGAUGAGGAUCAUGGAAAAUUAGGAAAGAAUGAGUGUACCUCCUCUGGCAUUUACAAGAGGUCCAAUACAGGGAACGGUGCAGUCUGUCUCCUAAAAUCAGGAACGAAAACCUGGGACAUCUCCAGAGGUUCAGACAGGGAAGACAGAAGGAAUGGAGCUGUGGGGAGGCAGGAGAGGGUUUCUCCGCUGAAAGACAGUGAUGAUGCUGUAAGAAAGAGACAGGGUAUGAAAGGAUGGACAAAUAAGAAAAUUACAGUUGACGGGGAGAGUGAUGAUAACUCCUCACCAGACAAAAAACCUAGCAAGCCCAAAGCUACAGUUCCCACAGUGCACUGCUUUGAGCGUUACUCAGAUGAAUCUGAGGAUUUGGACCUAGAGGCAAACUCAGGGCCCAGGAAGGGCAUGUUAGAUUCACAUGGUGGUGGUCAAGACAGAGGGAGACAAACUCUAGACCGUAACAGAAAGAAGCAGACAACUAGUGUAAGGAACAAGAGCAGAUCCAAAUACACCGAAGCCAUAGAGACAUGCACAUCUUCCGAGGAUGAACACACUCCUGUUAAGAAAAGAAGAUCUUCAGGAUGUCACUUCACAUCUCCACAGACAGAAAGAUCUAGAGUUGACAUGCAAAAAGAUGGGCAAAGAUCUGCAACAACAAACAGGACAGAGAGAACCACAGGGAUGGCCAAAUCUAUUUCGCUGGCAAGAAUGAAAAGUCAGACAUCUCCAGCAUCCAAAGGGAAGGAUGGAACAAUCGAUAGUGUGUUAGGGGACAUACAGGAGGUGGUGCAUACCCACUCUAACCAGGGCGUGGUGGGUGGGAGCAAAGCAGAGGAGCUGAUCAGCAGAGCUGCUGUACGAGACGUGUUUGAACGCAAGAUGUACUCUCAGCUCCCAGCCAAUCACCUUCUAGGCACCCCGGAGAGCCUGCCAGCAAGCCCAGCAGACAGUCAGCCCUGCCCUGCCGUUGUAAGGCAGAAGAAGCCCAGCAUGGACCAUCCAGUCACCUUCACCAGCAAGAUUGUGCACCACACCAGACACACCACCUUCAUCAUUGGAGAGACUCCACUGGCCACACGCAGGCAGCACCUGGAGGAGAUGGCGGAAAAAUUCAAAUUUCCCUCAGUUCAUCAGUUUGUAGUGGAAAUUUUGAGGAGAAACUCAACCCAGAGACUGGCCUGGCUACGACAGUAUUACACUUCACUGAACCACCCUGACCUGGCUAAUACAAUCACAAACAACUUCCCACAGUCUGAUUCAGCACAUGCCUCCUCCACUUCAGCCACUACUUCUUCCACAUCCACCAAAACAGCUGCCACAAAAUCUCACACAGAGACCAGAAACCCACAAAAGGAUGCUCCAAAAGCCACGAAAAAGCCUAAAUACAUUCAGAAGAAUCGGGAACCCAAAGCUAAACCUGAAAUCGCACAAGAAAAUGUUUCUGUGCCACAGAAAAAGUCUGGAAUCCUACAAAAUGAUGUUCCAGAGCCCCAGACAAACUCUAAAGCCCCUCUAAAUGAUGUUCUGGAACCCCAGAGCUCACAAAAGAAUGUUCUAGAACCUUUAAAUAGUGUUCCAAGCCCAGAGUCAGGGGAGCAGGAGGAGACAGUCUGCAGUGCCAGAAGACACAGGAGGACAAAGAGGGGUAGUGUUUCUAGUUCUGGAACCCACGGAGCUGGUGGUGGUCUUGGCGUGGAUCGGGCCAGCAGCAGUGGUCUGGGGUCUGGGAAGGCUGCUGCUUUCCUGAACCACACAGACAGAGAUACCCCUUCUUCUCCGGACCUCAGCCAUGGCAGGUCCACCAUGUUAUCCAAACCCACAGCACAGGAAAGGGGGCAAGAGCAGAAAUUGUCCUCCAGGACUAGAGAAACUUUUCAAGGGCAAAGAGAAAAUUCUCAGACCCAUUUCCCUCCUCAAGAAGCCCCCUCUACCUCAAUUAACUGCUCUUUCCUAACAGAUCUGAUAGGAGACACCUCAAUCCUUGAUGAUUUGUUAAAACCCAAAACCAGGAGUCCACAGCAGAAGAGCACCCCCAAAACACCCCCUACAGUCUCAGUGUCAGAAAGCACAACUCUCACAACAUCUUCUCCAUCCAGAGUCCCUCUCAAUACUGAUUCUAGUUCGACAGGCCUUUUAGACUCUCUCUCCUCUCCAAGCUCACAUACACCAACUACACCAGUGCAGGCAUCAAAGGGUGGUCGCAAAGACUUCUGGGACAUCCUCAAUGAGGCUAAUGAGGAGAGUAUCAACAGGUUAACAGACCUGGCAGAAGUGCAGAGAGUUUGUGUCAACACUAACUUAUCUGCUAAAAGUAGGUCUGUAAAGGAGGAGAGCAAGAGUCUCUGGAAGACUAAUGAGAAGUUCCUGUGGAAGAAAUAAGAAGAAACAUUUUAGAUUGUAUUAAAAAUGUUUAUUAAUUUUUAAGUUCUAAGGGAGAAUUUUUAAAACAAGACUAAACAGAUCAGAUUUUCUCGACACAUUUUAUAAUGUUAAAAGUGCAUUUGUACAUUUUUUAAAAUGUCUUUUUAUAUCUUAUAUACUUUUUUUAAUAUCCAGUUUCCAAUGAAUUAGUGAGUUACAAACAUAAUGUUGACUCUUGGCCAGAAUAAACAGGGUGAUAAUCCCUUGAUUAAUUUAAACUUCCUCACUUACCUCAUCUGCUGCUUUAUUUCUGCAUUUUUGACUUAACGCACAAAACCAGGAGGAGCACAAAUUUGUCAUCACAGAGACAUUUAUGCAUCUAUAAAAGUUAAAAAUUGAGACAAAAAAAAAAUCACAGUAGUAAAUUUGUGUAUUUGGGUAUUUGCAUUAUUUUUAUUAUCCAUGAAUCAACUGGGCUAUAAGAAGUCAGAAUAUUGUGAAAAAUGUACAUCACCAAUUUCCACAGCCAAAAAAAUGUCAUCAAAUUGCUUUUUCCCCCCGACCAAAAGUUCAAAAGCCAAAGAUAUUUGGUUUGCAAUAAUGUAAGAGAAGAUAAUGCACUAAAUUCUCACAUUUGGGAAGCUGGAAAUAUUAGAUCCUUUGAUUGAAAAAUUACUUAAACCAUUAAUAAGUUGUCAUAGUAGUUGCACAUUUAUUGUCUGUCAAUCAACAGCUUUUUUCAGCUCGUGUUCUAUGAAAAUGUUAAGAUCAGUAUCGGUGUUCAAAAUGUUGCUGCACCUGGUAUGAUGUUAAGUGGAUGAUUUGACAGAGAAAACCAGCCCAAUCUAGGCAUUAGCCAUUAUCGUAAUCCGAUACAAAGACUACCACCCCAGAACUGUUGGUGGCCCUGAAGAGAUAUCACUUAAAACUCUUUAAUGGCUGUUACAUCUCUGCCACUCUGAACCCCUCACUGCCUCCCACCCCCCCUGAGAGUGUGCAUAUUGUGUAGCUGGUGUGGUUUCUCUGCACAGUAAUCUGAUAGUCUGUGGCUCUGCUCAGUUGCACCUCAAAUGGCCCUCAGAGUGGAAGCUGCUGCGCUAUUAGUGAAAUAACAAUAAGCAGUUGAAGACAGGGGAGCUGGGAGAGGAGGGGUGGCGAGUACCACUACAGAAAGUAUUCACACCCACACUUCAUCCAACCUCUCACACUGUUAGUUGAUGUGUGUAUCAAACAGUUCUAUACUAACACACCACCCCGAAAAAAUCAAAAAACUUUUGUGUGUGUUUGUGAGUGCGCAUGCGUGUGCUGAACCCCACAGCAGUGUUUGACCCCUUUCAGCUGCUGCACUGAAGUAAACAGAGGCCCAAAGAGAGCUGCUCUGUGUAAGUGUUGUAUUUUCUUUAGCAGAAAUGAGAAAGUGCUGAUAGCUAUCAAUAAACAAGAGAAAGGGCUACGUGCCUCAACAGAACAUGCAGCUUGGUAAAUAGUAUGUGUGUGUGCUUAUGCAUGUAGACCUUGUGGGUGGUAGAUCAUGAGUAUCUACACACACGCACACAGGCCUACUGAGGCCAUACAUCUGUCACACCUGUUCAAAUCACAGACAGAGGAGAAUAAAAAGCCCUUUCUUUUAUCCCAAGCCCAAACCCUUCCCUCUCUUUCUCUUUCUGCUUUUCUCUUUCUGAGAUUUGCAGAUCCCUAUCUGUCUUUUUGUGAGCAUAGUCUGGUUCAAGUGAGAUAGCAGAGGGGCUUAGCAUUUUACUGACAAUAGAAAGGCUCACCAAUUGACUGAUGGUGGUUGGAGGCUAAUGGAGGCCAACUAACAUGGCUCAAUG